AUGAAAGGCGUCAAUUCAUCAUUUUAUUCAUCGUCAUCUUUACUCAAUAUUAUGAUACCACAGUUUCACCAAUUACUACCGAUAGAGACACCCUUAUCAGGAAAUUGGUUAAAUACGAACUAUUCUUCAGAAUUAUCAACAACAACAAAUAAAUUAUUAUCACCGCCAAAUUCGAUUACACCAUCAUCAAUUUGUACUGAUUUAUCUGAAAGUGAUUAUCAACCAAUUGAUCUUACUCAGGCACGUAAAUAUUCCCUAUCAUCACCUCCAUUAUCAAAUAUUAAAAGUGAAUCCAUUGAUUCAAUUGAUUCCAACAUGGUUGCUUCUCAUUAUGAACAAAAAUUUAAAGAAAAAUCAAAAUUUUCAUUUCAAACAACAACAACAACAACAACAACAACAACAAGACAAUAUUCAAAUUUUAGUAUCGAACAUAUUUUAUCAUCUCAAUCGCCAACUUAUGAAUUUUUAUCUAUAAGAUACAAUCGAAUUAAUAGUAUAUUUUCAAAGAAAAAAACGAAACAUUAUUCUGAUCAUAAUCUUCAUCAAAUAAUUCAUCGUAAAAAACGACAUAGAUCAAGUAACAAAUCUUAUUUAUCUCAAUAUUUUAAUCAACCUCAAGAAAUCCUUAUUCGAUAUAUACUUGAUUUCUAUAAUGAUUUAAUUAAUCAACAAAAUCAGAUAAAAAAACCAAAGAAUUUUUUUACAAUUGAUCCACUUAAACAAUUAGCUGAAAUUGCUUGUAAACUUGAUACUCGUCAUAAAAAAUCUCUAUUAAAUGAAAAUAUGUUAACAAUAGAAAAUUAUGAUUCAUUAUUGAAACAAUGUCAUUUAUUAAUAAAACAAAUCUAUCAAAAAUAUCAACGUAAAAGAAUUACAAAACGUCUCUAUCAUAAUUCAAAACUUACAUUCAAAAAUCGACUUCUUCAAUGUUCAUUAUCAAUUUUAAAUAUUUUACAAAUGAAAAAAAAUAUUCUAUUAUAUAAAUCAAAUCGUACACAUCGUCAUAUGUUAUUGUCAGAUAUUAAAAGAAAAGAUACGAAAAAGAAAAUGAUCAAAUCAAUUUGUUUUCAUUUAAAAUCUGACCAAAUUACUUCCAAUCUUGAAAUACUUUUACCAAAUAAUGGUCUUAUAUAUGAAGCUACUAUACAACCAAUUGGCGAUAUUAAUGAUUUAUUAGUUGUACGAUUACAUCGUGAAAGACAAACUUAUUUAAUACCUAUACAUGAUCUAUGUCGCUUAGCAUGUCCUAAAAUGAUACCAGACAAUGUUGAUAUUCUGUCAAAAGGUUUACGUGUUUGUGCAUAUUGGAGUACGAGUCUACGUGGUCUUCAUCCAGCGAUUAUUGAUAAAAUACCAACAGAAAUGAAUGAAUCAUCUAUGGUGGGUUUAAUAUUUGAUGAUGGUGAUACAGGAUUAAUUAAACUUGAUGAAAUACGUUUAUUACCUGAUGGUUAUGAUGUAAAAGGAAUUAAUUUGGAUGAAUGGCGUGUAUCUUCUUUUCAAAUUCCUUCAUCUCCAUUAACUGGUCGUCGUACGUGUCGUCGUGUUUCAUCGAAUUCAUCUAGUAAUACAACCGGUUCUAUAAAAAAAGUCAAAAAAGAAAAAACAUCCUCAAUAUUAAUUCCUCAAUGGACAUUAAAUCCUCGAAAUUCAACAAUACGUCGUCAUGACAAUAAAGAAACUCUUCAUAUUGGUGAUUGUGUUAUAUUACAUGGUGUUGAUCAAUCUCUGUCAUACAUUGGCAAGGUGCUGAAAUUUUAUUAUAGUAAAACACUUCAACAAGAUUUAGUUAAAAUACAAUGGUAUUAUAGUCCACAAGAAACUCCCGUGGGCCUUCAUGAAGAUGAUUUAUCUGGUGCUCUUUAUGAGAGUACACAUAUAGAUGAAAAUCCAAUUUCAACCGUAAGAUCUAAGGGUACUAUUUAUGAAUCGUAUGACGAUUAUGUAAAGAAAACCGAUUAUGGAAAAAAUCGAAAAGAAACAGAUUUUUAUCUUGUUGGUCAUUAUAAUUUAAAAUCAGGUGAAUUACAACGAUAUGAUAAUAAAUUGGAAUAG